CACUUUUUUGGGGAGGGGGAAGCGGGGGGAGGGGUAUGCUCACGCUACCCAAAACCCAACUAAAUCCCAACCUACAAUCUUGAUUUUGGAAGCUCAUUGCAACAUCACGAUAAGACAUGGUCCAUUCUCAAACAAGAAUGUAAAAUCUCUUCAUUCCAAGUUGUAACGUCUAUGCCAACCAUUUUUACCGCAAAACCUUAGACAAAACUUUCACUUGCGAUUUCUCUCCUUUCAAACAAUGGCGGCCCGCUUUGCCCUCUUGGCUGUUACCAUCACUCUGCUGAUCACCAUCACCGUUGCGGAGAUCCGAUCCACCCAAAUACGAUCUGAUUCACGUUCUACAAUCCCUUUUGAUGAUUUCGGGUACACCCAUACCGGUCGUUUAAACCUCACGGUCACAGAAAUCUCUUUGUCCAACCAGAAAACUCCGCUCCCUCAAUUAGGGUUCUUCCUUUGUACUCUCGACGCGUGGGUACACGUGCUCGAACAGCUCCAAGAAGGCGAAAUUCAGUGCCCGCUUGAAUCUAAUCUCAUAAAAAAAGUCUUCACUUUCGACCUAUUGCAACCAUCGGCGCGUGAAUUCACUACCUCGUUUAGUGUCUCUGAUGCCAAUCAACUCACUCUUGCUUUCGCCAAUUGUAUGCCGAAUUUGGAAGUUAGUAUGAUUGUCCACUCUGUUAUGUACAAUUUUAAUUCCAAGACAGGGCAGCUUGAUUUUCUAUCAGCUGGGAAAACUGCUCUUCCGGUUAUAUAUUUGUUGUUUUUUAUAGUGUAUGUGUUGUUAGGGGCUGUUUGGAUUUAUACUCUUUACAGGAAGAGGUUAACUGUUUAUAAAGUUCAUUUCUUUAUGCUUGCCGUAUUGAUAUUGAAGGCAUUGGAUUUGCUAUGUGAAGCUGAAGAUAAAUCGUAUAUUAAACGAACAGGAACUGCUCAUGGGUGGGAUGUUUUGUUCUAUAUAUUUAGUUUCUUGAAGGGGAUUACUUUGUUUACUUUGAUAGUUUUGAUUGGAACUGGUUGGUCAUUUGUGAAGCCAUAUUUGCAAGAUAAAGAAAAAAAGGUUUUGAUGGUUGUCAUUCCAUUGCAAGUUGUGGCAAAUGUUGCUCAAGUUGUGAUUGAUGAAACUGGCCCGUUUGGUGAGAGUUCGUAUACGUGGAAGCAGGUUUUCCUGCUUGUAGAUAUUGUGUGUUGUUGUGCUGUAUUAUUUCCUAUUGUGUGGUCGAUUAAGAACUUGCGCGAGGCAGCCAAGACUGAUGGAAAAGCUGCUGUAAAUUUGAUGAAGCUGACAUUGUUCAGGCAGUAUUAUAUUAUUGUGAUAUGUUACAUAUACUUCACAAGGGUGGUUGCUUAUGCUUUGGAGACUAUUACUUCCUAUCGGUAUCAGUGGACGAGCGUGGUGGCUGCUGAAGUGGCUACACUUGCCUUCUAUAUCUUUACUGGGUAUAACUUUAGGCCUAAGGUGCAUAACCCCUAUUUUGCAAUUGAUGAUGAAGAGGAAGAAGCUGCUUCAGAAGCACUCAAGCUCGAAGACGAAUUUGAAUUGUGAUCACCAUUGUAAGAAGGUUAUUUAUGCGGCCAAAGGAGAAACCUACACUAUCUGGACGUGCUUUUUUACAUUUUAGAAACCAUUUCCAGGUUGUCGUAAGUUCCCCUGUAUAGUGCAAUUAUAAGGUCACCAUAUCUAUCUUCAUUCCACAGGGAAAACUGCUAUGCAUAGUGUUCUUUCAAGUACCUUCCUUAGUGCUGUGAAGAAUUUUUCUUUUCAUUUGAGAGCAUGUGUUAUUUGUUGAUUGUCAAAUUCAAAAAGUUGGUGCCAA